CUCUUUCUCAAGCCUGCCUUUGGCUACUAUAGUUAGCCUUCCCUGGGCCUCAGUUCCCUCAUCUGAAAAAUGGGCCAGUCACACCAGCUUCUUAGGGUUAUCCUUAAGAUAAACCGAGAUAGUGAAUGAAAAGCAAUAAGACCAGUGCAGGAAACACAGCAGUCACUCCAAAAAUGGGAGCUGUGAUUAUUGUCACUGUCAUUUAUGCUCUUAUUUUUUGUUCAGUUCUACAAAUGCAGGAAGUAAGUGCCAACUGUGUGCCAAGCAUGAUGUCCCACCCCCCCGCCACAAGGCCUGUAGAAAGUGAUGACACAGUCCAAUGUACUGCCCACCCUUAUGGAGCCCACAGUUGAUCACAGGGGGCACAGAGACCCCUCUGAGGGAUGUCAGGAUGGAACCAGGAGGACUUUCCGGAGGGAUGAGGAAAUACUGGGCAAGAGGAGGGCCUGGGACAGAGGCCUGUGCAGAGUUUGGUGUGGCCCUAGCUAGCAUAAACAAGAUCUGGACGCACUCCCUCCGCUACCACUACCUGGCGCUGUCAGAGCCAGGCCCCGGUCUUCCCCAGUUUCUGGCUGUAGGCUACGUGGACGACCACCCCUUCAUUCGGUAUGACAGCCGUGUGGGCAGGGCCGAGCCGCAGGCCAGGUGGAUGGCACCAGUGGACGCCCAGUACUGGGAGACGGAGACCCAGAAGCAGAGGGCCUGGGCAGAGGUGCAGCAGGUGGAGACGUGGACGGUGAUGGGCUACCGCAACCACACCAGCGGUAUGCAUAGCACUCAACGCAUGUUUGGCUGUAAUAUCCAGGAGGAUGGCCGCUCCAGCAGCUUCUGGCAGUUUGGAUUCGAUGGGCAGGACCACUUGUCACUGGACCUAGAGACUCUGAGCUGGGUAUCAGCUGAGCCCAUGGCUAUGCGGACCAAGCGCUGGUGGGAGUUGGAGCGCUGCUACGCUGAAUAUGACAAGGCCUACCUGGAGGGCCUCUGCCUCACUUCUCUGCGCAGGUACCUGGAGCUGGGAGGCCAGCACCUGACCCGGAAAGAGCCACCCACAGUGUAUGUGACAAGGCACUCGACCGAGGACAGGGGCACCACGCUGAGGUGCUGGGCCCUGGGUUUCUACCCACGGGAUAUCUCGCUGAGGUGGUGGCUGGGUGAGGAGGAGCUGGCCCUGGAGACUGAGCACGUGGAGACACGCCCCAGUGGGGAUGGCACCUACCAGAUGUGGGCGGCUGUGCGGGUGCCAGCUGGGGAGGAAGCCGGGUACACCUGCCACGUGCAGCACUCUGGCCUGAACCACACACUCACUGUGGCCUGGGAACCGCCCUCUCGUCAUGGACUCACUGCCAUGGUUAUCUCCUCUAUCCUGCUCUUGCUGGCAGUUGGAGUUGUGAUUUUGACCAAAAGAUUCCUUCAAGCGAGGAAUAAAGAGUCUUACAAGCAAGCCCCAGGUGACUAUGGGACAGAUGGAGAGGAGCCCCCAUAAUUCCCAGAGGCCAGCAAGAGCAGGGGCUGCUCAGGUCCUCUGCUGACAGAAGUUCACCAUCACAGACCAAGGAGGUGUUCUGGGGGGUUUGGGGGGACCACCCUGCCCUGAAACUGAGCCCUCCACACCCCCAUCAACCUCAUUACAAGUGAUCUGCACCACUAGGAUGGCUUGUCAUCUUCCUGAAGUCCUUUCAAAAUGUUUCCUGUUCAGGGGUUUGGGAGGAGGGCAGUAAUCAUCCUUCAGAUCUUUCACACUUGACAGUUUGCAGACUGAUUUCCUGUUAAGUGUUAAGUCCCACUGGAGCCUCUCAGGCACCCUGUGGCAAUGUUAUUCUCACCCCCACUUUCCCAGUUCAGGGAGUUAUGGGGGCAGCAUCCUGCAUCCAUCUGCGAGCAUGGAGAAGAAAUGGCUGAGUGCCUGCCUCUGUAUAAGUGUGUUCUUGUAUGCACCUGUGAUCCCCUUUUGUAAAGAUUAGAGUGUUCGAGGGUGUGUGUGAUAUGUGUGGGUAUGUGUGGUGUGAGGAUGUGUACGUGAGAGUGAAGGGGUAUGUGGGUGAAAGUGGGUGUGUGAAUGUGUGGGUGAGGGUGAGAGUGGGUGUGUGGGGGUGGGUGUCUGUAUCUGAGGAGGCGCUCGGAGGGACAGGUGCCCAGGGGGCUGUUAGGAAGCUACGAAACAACGGGGCCUCUAUAUUCCUUCCUGUCCUUUUGAAUGAUUUGAAUUUAUACAGUAAGCACAUUACUUUUACAGUAGGAAACAGAACAUUUUUGCUUUGUCCUGCGGAAAUGGUGUUAUGGGUGUGUCUGACAAGGCCCAGCCUCACGUCAGAAUCUCAGCGAAACUGAGUCUCCUUUGUGAACAAGGAUCUCUCUGGGUCCACAUGCCUUUGUUUUUUUAGCAAAAAGUUCCAAUCUCAUGGCCACCUGGUGUGCAGGGGGCUGGGAGUGCUCCACUGUCAUAAAGGACACAAAGCCAGGCCCCUCCAGGGGGACCCUCUCCUUCAGCUGACCACAAGACCUGACGGAGCCUUCCGUAGAGACUUCUGAAACCUCUGCAUCUGCAGUCCUAGGAGGCCCAGAGCCCUAGAAAAAGAUCCAGCCUGCCCUGCUUCCUACAGGGUCUCGGUGUGCAGAAGAAGCCUGAAACCAUCAGACUGUACCAAGGAUGUGUCCUAAAUGUCUGUCUGUCCCCAUAAUGCCAUCACGUUCCACAUGUGGGACCAUGUACUGAGCAGGGUUCUAAGCACUUUAUGUGUGCUAAGCUCUUUGGUACUCUUAGCACACCUGUACUCCAGGUGAGGAAACUGAGGCCCAGGGUCCCAUGGCUGGUUCAUGCCACAGCCGGGACAUGAGGUCAGGCACUUCACCACUGCACCUCAGUGACAACUGUGCCGUUCUGUAAAGGAGGAAGUAAGUACAGGUCUGUGACUCCUUACCUGCAAUUCUGAAAGCCAGAACACCUCCACAAGCUCGAAGUUUCUUCCUAACUUUGGCAUCAAAACCUGACCUCAAGCGAGGCUCUCCGUACUCUAUUUACUUCCUCUAGUGUGCCUUUCACAAUUCUCCACAAGAAUACUAAUGUAUUUGAUUAUGGGGUGUCACCCCUGACCCCCUGGGAGUGUUAUGCAAUAUUCAGCAUCUAUACUUGGAUACCUUUCUCUUUUUAUCUUGGUAUCUUUCUGAAGCCCAAAGAAUUCUAAAUUCUGAAAUAUCUGGCCCCAAGGGUUUCAGGUAAGGGAUUGUGGACUUGUAUUAAUAAGGUUUUACGGUAAUAAAUCUGUGUAUUUUUUACAGUCA